AUGGCAUGGCUCAUAGUGAUAGCAACGUACUUAAUCUAUUGUAUAGGGGUGGGAGUCUAUCGGUUGUACCUCAGCCCGCUUUCCAAAUUUCCCGGCCCAAGGCUUGCUGCUGUGUCGUGGGGAUAUGAGUUCUACUACGAUUUUGUGAAGCGUGGGCAGUUCUACAAACAUACUGAACGUCUGCACGAUAUCUAUGGUCCGGUUGUACGCAUCAAUCCCGUCGAGAUCCAUGUGCGAGACCAUGAGUGGUAUUCCGAGCUGUAUACAUCGGUCAACCAUCCUCGAGACAAACCCAGCUGGUUCCUUGGGCCCACUGGGGGACAGUCGGUUUUCAGUACAGAGCCGCAUGCCCUCCAUCGCAGAAGGAGAGCUGCGCUGAACCCUUUCUUUUCUCAAAAAGCCGUGGCCUUCUUGGAGCCUAUCAUCCAGAGUAAUGUUGAGAAGCUCUGUCAACGAAUCGAGCGCAACGCUAGCACAGGUAGGCUUCUCGAGAUGCGACUGCUCUAUUUCGCGUUCGCGAUGGAUACGUUCAGUCAUUAUGCAUUCGGAGCAGCGUUUGGCUCGCUGGACCGAGAAGAUCUAGGCGAGGAGCACGAGGCGACCUUGAGAGCAGCGACAGAAUCCAACAUCGUUGCGAGGCACCUGCCUUUCCUAGUCCAUAUCAUCAACAUGCUCCCUGAGAGAGUUGCGGCUUCUUUUAGUACUCCGAUUGCUGGACUGUUGAAGAUGCGAAGGGAGAUUCUAGCAAAAAUGGAGGCUGCCUUUGCGAAAGGAGAAGGUGAAAAAUCCACGACACAUCGAACAAUAUUCGAGGAUAUCCGAGACAGCAACCUUCCAAUUCAAGAGAAGACAACGCAACGACUUCUAGAUGAAGCAGUAGUCAUGGUAGGAGCUGCGGGAGAGCCACCGGCAUUCACCUUAGCAACCUUGACUUUUCACCUUCUCAACACUCCAACCGUGCUUGAAAGACUGGUGUCAGAGCUCGACGCCCUCAUGCCGGAUCCCAAUGCAUCGAUAUCGUUGCAAGCUCUCGAACAGCUACCAUAUCUCCGAGCUACCGUUUUAGAAGCACACCGUAUCACGUCCUUCUUCACAGCUCGAAUGAUACGCACUGCCCCCAAUGAAGUACUGCGCUACAAGGACUGGGAAAUAUUACCGGGUACGCAAAUCAGCAUGACACAGCACUGGACACACUUCAACCCUAAUAUUUUCCCUGAUCCAUAUUCGUUCCGUCCAGAUCGUUUCCUUGCCGAGGACUCUGCAGAGGUCGAAAAGUACCUCCUGCCCUUCUCCAAAGGCAGCCGAUCGUGCAUUGGUUUGAACUUGGCUCGCGCCGAACUCUACCUUGCGGUUGCAUACAUCUUUCGCCGAUUUGACUUACGGUUGUUCGACACAACGUUUGAGGAUGUGGAGAUUACGUGGGAUAGAUUCACGGGUGGUACGAGGCCGGACUCGAAGGGUGUAAGAGUUCAAGCUGUUCGUCUGCGAUCGUAA